CUACAUGUUUCUGGUUUUAUACCAACCAUAAAGUUUCUAAUUGUGCCCGCGUUUCAAAUAAUAAGUGAUAUAAACUGAAUUAAUUGUGGGUUUGAGUACGAGUUGGCUUGCAGUUGAAAGUGGACAGCCGAAAGCGGAACCCUAGAAACCUUAUUCCCUCGGUCUUCAUCUGCAAAAUGGCAGGUAAUUUGGGGGGAAAUCAAUUUCAAUUUCCCUCAAACUGAAGGAGAAGAAGCUGAGCGAUAGAGACCUUCCUUGCAGUUAUUACCAAGUCAUGUGGACGAAUGUUUUUAGAAUCGGAGGUCUCAGUCAAGUAUCAUGGUUCCAGUUUCUUCCUGUUGAAUCUGAUUUAAAUUCGCUCCCUGAUAAAAGAAUAAAAGUAGAGCAGAAAGAUGCUGCUACAUUGUUAGUUCUCUCAUCCCAUCUGCAGCUACAGAAGGAGGGAUUUCUUAGUGCAUGGACCAAUUCCUUUGUUGGUCCCUGGGAUCCAUCUCAAGGUCGACAUAAUCCAGAUGAGAAAAUUAAGCUAUGGCUUUUCAUCCGGGGACGUCAUGGAUCUGUUGUGGACUCUGCACAAUCUGCAGUGUCCAGGUUAAGAGUUGUUGCUUCUGGACUUUGGUUGGCUCCUGGUGAUUCAGAGGAGGUUGCUGCUGCCCUUUCUCAGGCUUUAAGGAAUCGCAUUGAAAGGGCACUUUUGGGACUGUUCUACAUGAGAUUUGGUGAUGUAUUUUCAAGGUUUCAUCCUCCACAAAUUGAAGAAUCUAUCAGGAGAGUACAUCCUACAAUUGAGUUCAUCUUUGCUGCUACUGAAGAAUCUAUUUUUGUACAUGCUAUAAUAUCCUCAAAGCAUAUCCGGACACUUUCAACUGGUGAUAUUGAGAAAGUGCUGGAGCAUUCUUCUAAUAAUACCAGUUACCUGCUUCCUGUGAUAAUCUCCCCACAUGGAAUGUGUGGAAGGCUCACAGGGUGUUGUCCGAACGAUCUAGUCAAGCAAGUCUAUCUCAGCAACUCCGGGAAAAAUAGUCUACCAUAUCAUACUUCUCAAAGUUCUGCUUGCCGGUUGAGGGGUCAAAACUGCUAUGUCAAAGUUAGUUUUGGAUGCUCGAAAUAUAGGAGUGAUAAGUCACUGAACCCAAAUCCUGAUCAUAUCAGGAAUUUACCCAAGCACCAGUCUACUGACACUUAUACAAUGGGAAGAGGAUACCAGAAGGGAUCAGCAGAUCCCUUGUCAGUACAUGAGAAAACAUUUAUCUAUCCACCUGAGGUUGUGCUUGUCCCUGUUUUGCAAAUAUCCUUUGCUAGAUCCUCUUUGAGAAGAUUCUGGUUACAAAAUUGGAUAGGACCUUCAUUGGCUGGUUCAUCCUUUUUUAGGCAUUGUGAUGGCAAUAUAGAUUUCCUGGAAAAAUCCUGGGUUGAUUUCAGUGGAAUACUCUCACAGCAUUGCUAUAACAGCAGCAGCAAUAGUAAUAAUAGCAGCAUAAGUUCUAUAAGUAGUAGUUCCAGUGAAAGUGUGACCACAGGAGCUCGUGGCAUGGAGGCAGAUUCAGAUUCAUCAUGUAGACAGUCAGGCUUAUCUUCUAAUGAUCAGAUGGAGACUGAUCACCUCAAAGUGGGUUCCAAGCGUCCUCGAAUUGGGAUGACAGAGUCAUAUGGUCAAGCAGGUGUUGGAAAUGAUCAAAUUGGUUCUAAUUGGGAUUGGGAUGACGACGACAGAGGAAUUGUCAUGGAUAUUCAAUCUCUUCUCUCUGAAUUUGGAGACUUUGGCGACUUCUUCGAAAAUGAUGUACUGCCAUUUGGGGAGCCCCCAGGAACUGCAGAGUCAUCGGCUAUCAUGUUUGGUACUUCAGAUUGUGGAGACAUAGGAAGCAGUCCGGUAGGGGCGAUGGAUACUUCAGAUCAGAUGCUUUUGCCUGCAGGUCUUCCUUCCUUUGAUAACUUUAAUCCAUCUCUUCCAGUUUCCACAGAGGAAAUUUUGAGCAAAAGUCAAGAGAUCACAAACAGUGCUAUGACAUCUGGUCCAUCAAACCAAACUCCAGCUUCUUCCACUGGUGAGUUAGAUCAUUUAAUGAAAGCUGAAGCGCUGAUGACUUUUGCAGUUGAAUAUGGUGCAGUAGAAACACCUGCAAGUGAUUCCUCAUCAAUUUUCAGAAACCCUUAUCUCCCAAAGUCUCGUAAAACGCAGAGUUCUAAUUCAAGCCAAAAUAAUUACAAAUAUGUUGCAACAUCACCCUCUUUUCCUUGCUUUGGUGGAUUGGAUGAGAAGACUGGCAUGCCUAUGAAUUUGAAGGCUCACCCUGGAGGGCUCGAUUCCAAUGCCAUGCUCCAACUGAAGAAAUAUUAUACUCAUGUGGAAACAAGGGCAGAGAGAUUUGGUAGGAGGUUGCUGACGAAAAAUGAUAGCAAUGCUACCAAUCAGAUGUCGGGAACAUCUCAGUUUGGUAAUUUUUAUUCAAUCAAUUCAGAUAAUUCUGCUGGCAGGAAAAUGUCACAGGGCAUAUUUGGCGGGGAGCGUAUCCUUCUAUCUAAGAGGACUGUGCUAGGAACUGAUGUGGAAUGUGCUAUGUUCCAAGCUUCGAUGUUAAGGUUGCGACACAUACUAUUGUCUCCCACUAGUCCUGCAACUAUUAACUUGAGUAGGCCUACAACUAGUUAUGUUUUAAACCAGCUUCCUGAUGAACCUAGUACCAUGACGGACAAUCUAUCUAGCCGGUAUGAGGUGAACAAGAAAGAAUGUAUACCUUUCAAAAGUGCUGGUGAUAUUGAUGGAGUAAUGCUAGAUAGGCAUCUUAAUGAUCCUGUAGGUGUAUGGCGCACUGUUGGAGCUCCAAAAGUCUCAAAGCUUGCUACUCCAAGUAUUGAAGCUAAUCCAUCAUUAACCCAUAAUUUAUUUAAUGAGGAAAGUAUGCUAUCUUACGGGCAAAGUCAACCACUUCAGAAACUUCUUGAUGGCAUUCCAUUAUUGGUCCAGCAAGCUACUUCCUUUGUUGAUUUGCCUUUGGAUGCCGGUGGUGGUGACUGUCCUUACAGCUGGCUUGCAUUACAAGAGCAUUGGAGGCGAGGAUUUUGUUGUGGGCCUUCUAUGGUUCAUGCAGGUUGUGGAGGGACUUUGGCUUCUUGUCAUUAUCUGGACAUUGCUGGUGUGGAGUUAGUAGAUCCACUUUCUGCUAAUAUUCAUGCUUCUUCCGUAAUCAGUUUGCUGCAUUCUGAUAUCAAGUCAGCCUUAAAAUCUGCAUUUGGCAGUUUGGAUGGUCCUUUGUCUGUCACUGACUGGUGCAGAGGUCGCAGUCAAUCAGGUGAUGUUGGAGCCUCAGGUGAUGGAUCAUCAACAGAGUCCAAUAUAAGUGAAUGCCGAGACUCUUCAAGUACCGUAACUCUCUCUGUGGGAGAAGCAAUGAGUCCAUCGCAAACUUCUGUUGGUGGCUCAUCUUCCCAUAAAGUUGUUGGUGCAAUAGAUGGAUGUAAAGUUGAUGAGACCAGCCAAAGGAGAUUGAACCAAGAAACUUCUGGUUCUGAGUUAGAGCAACAACGAUGCAGUCGGCUAAGACCAACACUUUUUGUUCUCCCAUCACCUGCAAUACUUGUUGGGUACCAGGAUGAUUGGCUUAAAACUUCAGGGAACUCAUUGCAGCUGUGGGAAAAGGCUCCUCUUGAACCAUAUGCUCUACCGAAACCUAUAAAUUAUUCUGUUAUAUGCCCCGAUAUUGAUCCCCUUACUUCUGCUGCUGCUGAUUUUUUCCAACAACUAGGAAUUGUAUAUGAGACAUGCAAACUGGGAACACACUCACCUCAGAGUUUGGGAAAUCAGAUGGAGAUUGAUUCGGGAAAAUGGUUUUCUUCUGGUUUUGUCCUACUUGAUUGCCCCCAAUCAAUGAAGAUAGAAAGUAGUAAUGCAUCUCUCCUAGGAUCGAUAAGUGAUUUUUUUCUCUGUCUGUCAAAUGGUUGGGACUUGACCUGCUAUCUCAAAUCUCUUUCUAAGGCCCUUAAAGCUUUGAAAAUUGGUCAAUUUUUGUUCACAAACCAAAAGGAAGGAAUAAGCAGCCCUUGCAUGGUAAUAUAUGUGGUUUGCCCCUUUCCAGAGCCUACGGCAGUCCUAAAAACUGUCAUUGAAUCUUCUAUUGCUGUUGGAUCAAAUAUUCUGCCUUCGGAUAGGGAUAGAUCUCUGCUGCACAGUCAAGUGGGGAAGGCAUUAAGCAGCUCAGGAGCUGCGGAUGAAACAUCAGUAUCAAAUAUUCCUGUAGUUUCUGGGUUUAGUGUUCCAAAAGUGGUUCUUCAGAUCAUAACAGUGGAUACCAUUUUUAGGGUUACAAGUCCACCUUUUAAUGAACUUGUCAUUCUUAAGGAGAUGGCUUUCACUGUAUACAACAAAGCUCGGCGAAUUUCACGAGGAUCCAUGAAUGAUCUAGCCUUAUCAUCAUCAUUAUCCAGUAGAUCUCAUUCUGUCUUAACUACUGUGACAUCUAUUCCAGCAAUGUGGAAGGAUUCUGUUGGUUCUCGAAUCCCAGGGUCUUCUAUUCCUAGAGAGGGUGAAAUUGAUUCCAGCUUGAGGGGUGGUGCUUGGGAAAAUUCGUGGCAAACAAGGACAGGAGGAUUAAGUUGUGACCCAAACAGAAAUGGGGAUUUCAUCUAUCCCGAUGAAGUUCGUUACAUGUUUGAGCCCCUCUUUAUUCUUGCAGAGUCUGGUUCUUUAGAGCAUGGAGUUUCACCUACAUCUUUUGGUAAUUCAACCUCUGAAACUUCAAAGAUAGUCUCAGAUGAAAGUAGUGGUGGCUUCAUGCAGACUGCAAAUUCAGUAGGAAGUACUGAUCCUGGCUCAGGCUCUCAGCUUGCUGGGUUGGAGUCUGAUGGUCUUGAUUCUUGUAACCAAAAGACCCCUAGCUUACACUGUUGCUAUGAAUGGACAGAAGAUUGGCGGUGGCUGGUUUGCAUCUGGACAGAUGCAAGGGGGGAAUUGCUUGACUGCAACAUAUUUCCUUUUGGUGGAAUUAGUAGUAGACAAGACACAAAAGGUCUACAGUGUCUUUUUGUGCAAGUUCUGCAGCAAGGCUGUCAAAUACUUCAGACAUGUGCUUCAUCUGAUAUUGGUGUUGUCGAGCCCAGAGACUUUGUGAUCACACGCAUUGGAAGUUUCUAUGAGCUUGAAUACCUUGAGUGGCAAAAAGCCAUCUAUUCAGUUGGUGGAUCUCAGGUGAAGAAGUGGCCUCUUCAGCUGCGCAGAUCUGUUCCUGAUGGCAUGCCUGCUAGCACAAAUGGAACUUCAUUGGAUCAGCAAGAGAUGAGUUUGAUUCAUGAUAGAACAUUGCCUUCCUCGCCUAGUCCACUGUACAGUUCUCACACAAAGGCUAGCUUUAUGAAAGGUGAUUUAGGACAAUCUGCUGCAAGAAAGCAGCUUUUGAGUGGACAAACAUUAGUUGACAACUCUAGGGGAUUGCUUCAGUGGGUGCAGAGUAUCAGUUUUGUUUCAGUUUCAGUUGACCAUUCUUUGCAUCUAGUGUUGCAAGCAGAUUCAGCGUCUCCUGGAACUCAUAGUGGCAGUGGUGUGGGUCAGUCAAGCUACAUAGAAGGGUUCACUCCUGUCAAAUCUCUUGGUUCAACAUCUGCUUCAUACAUGUUAAUCCCAUCGUCCAGCAUGAGGUUCCUACCUCCAACACCUCUUCAACUGCCAAUAUGUCUAACUGCGGAGUCACCACCGCUUGCUCAUCUACUUCACAGCAAGGGCUCUGCGACCCCUCUUGCAACUGGUUUUGUGGUUUCAAAGGCUGUACCGUCUAUGAGGAAAGACAGCAGAAAUUACCCAAAAGAGGAAUGGCCUUCGGUUCUUUCCGUCAGUCUCAUUGAUUAUUAUGGAGGUAAUAAGGUUGCCCAAGAUAAAGUAAUCAGAGGAAUUACAAAGCAGGCAGGAAGGACUCCGAGCUCUGAAACUAGAUAUUUUGAAGUUGAUAACCAUUUGAUUUUGGCAUCUAUUGCAGCAGAGCUUCAUGCUCUGUCAUGGAUGACAAUUAGCCCUGGAUUUUUAGAUCGCCGAACUGCACUGCCGUUUCACACUGAUAUGGUUUUGAGACUUAGAAGAUUGCUUCAUUUCGCAGAGAAAGAGCUCUCUCGGAAGCCCGAUAAGUCCCAAGUUUAGGAA